GCCCCGAGCGGGGCCGGGACAUGGCGGGGGCGCCGCGGGGAGAGGUACUGAAGUCCCGGGCUCGGUGCAGAGAGCUGGAGCAGCAGCUGGAAGCAGCAGGGGGAUCCCUUCCAGGGAAGUGGGAAGCCACAGAAGACGACAGCCUGGAGAAAGCACUGCUUCAUUUGGAAGAGGAGAAGCAAAGGUUUGAGAAUCUGGCAGAAGUGAACACUGUCCUGCGUGAGCACCUCAAUAAAGCGAAUGAGGUUAAUUCUGCCCUUAAAGAAGAUGUUGGAAAACUGAUGGCGGAUUGGAUGAGGGCCCGAGAGGAGCUGGAAUGGAAGGAAAGUGAGUGGCGCAGUGAACGAGAGUUUUAUGACAGCCACUUCAGGGGUGAACAGAACCGUCUGCUCAGCCUGUGGCGCCAGGUGCUGAACUUCCGCCGCCGCUUCCUGGAGAUGAAGACGGCCACUGACCGAGAUUUGUCAGAGCUGAAGGCAGAGCAAAUGAGGCUUUUUGGAUCUCUACUUGUGCACUGCUCCCGCCUGAACUGUGCUGUGCGGCUCUGGGAGCCCCUCACUCUGGGGAGACGCAUCCUGAAGGAUGAGGCCCAGCAGCAGGCGGGACAGGGAAGAAGGCAGAAGGCUCAGGAGCUGAUGAACUUAGAAGUGAAGGAAGACCCAGAGAAGAAGGAGCUUCAAGACAGGGUGCUGGAGCUCUCAGCCUUGCUUGUACAGUCUCAGAAGCAGAAUGAGGAGAAGGAGAAGACCAUGAAAACACUUAACGACACUCUGGAGAUUCUAGGAGCAAGUCAGCUGGAGAGAGAAUAUGAGGCUUCAUUGACCAAAAGUGCCAAAGAAGAGAAUCUUUUCCUCCAAAAGCUGAUAAAAGAUAUAACUGAGGCGGUGUUAGAUGGCAGCGGCAGCAUGGUCAGCAUUAUCUGCACUGACAGUUCCCAGUAUGCAGAGUCUAGCAGCAUCCUCUCUUGUCGGGGUUCCAUUGAUGCAGAGCAUGCCUUUGUACUGGUGCAGGAAGCACUGGCGAGGAGGCGAGGAGCAACACAGGCCCUUCAAGAAGAGCUUUCUGCCAGGCAGGACUCUAUCAAUUUCCUGCAACAGCAGCACAGACAGCAGGAAGAGAAGUGCAGGAAGCUGCAGCAAAGGGUUGAGCAACUGGAGGAGGAAUACAAGACAUCCUGCAGCCACCAGCAGCACCUCCAGUCUCUGGUAGAAGCUCUCAGAAGUGACUGUGCAAACCUUGAGAAAACCCAGGAUGAGCUACAGCAACAGCUUGAAGUGACGGAGCAAGAAGCCUCGCGUCUGCGCCGAAGUAACACUGAGCUGCAGCUGAGGGAAGAUUCAGCCCAGGGAGAAAAGUUAGAGCAGCAAGAAGCGAUGGAGAGAGUACGUUGUGACCAUGAGCUCCUCCUGAAGGACUUAAGUGCACUUGAAGGAAAACAUAAUUUGUUGCAGAGUGAGUUGGUAACUGCGAGAGAAGCACUGGAGGAAUCGCACCUUCAGAGGGAUCUGCUGCAGCAAGAGAAACACGAGCUGACCAUGGCCCUGGAGAAGGCAGAGCAGUCAGUGUCAGAGCUGACGGGGGCUCAGAAUAAGCUGAAUGCUGAAAUAGCUGAUCUACGUGCUGCGACAGCCAACAUGAGCAGCAUCAAUGAAGCUCUUGCGCUGGAUAAAGUGCAGCUGAACAAGCUUCUGCUGCAGCUGGAGCAACAGAAUGAAGUUCUGUCAGGGAAAGUGGUCGAGAUGGAGAGAGCAAAGAUCUCUGACCAGGAGAAGCUGCACUUGUGUGAAAGAACAAAUGAAGAGCUCUGCGCAGAGAAAGCUCACCUGGAGGUGCUGCUGAAGAAAGCAGAAGAGCAAGAGGAGGGGCUGCGGGUAGAGCUGAUGGGACUGGCAGAGGAGAAGAAAGAAACCCAAGAGAAACUCCAUCAAGUGUCCCGGCAGCAGGAGUCGUCGAGCCGUGGGCUGGAGGAGCUGCGCCAGGAAUCCUCUCGCCAGGCGCACGCCCUGGCCAGGGUAUCCAAGGAGAAGGAGUUGGUGCUGCAGGAGAAGGCUGCCCUUGAGGUGCGACUGGCAGCCACGGAGCGGGACAGACAAGGCCUUUCCGAGCAGCUGGCAGAGGCCAGGUCAGGAAAGGAGAGCAUGGAAUCCAGCCUGUUUGAGGCUCAGCAGCGCUUAUCUCGGCUGGAGAUCGCCAGGAGUCAGCUUGAAAUCCAACUUCAUGCAGUCACGCAGGCCAAGGAGGUGGUGCAGGGAGAAGUGAAGUGCCUUCAAUCAGAACUGGAAGCAGAGAGAGCUUUCCUGAGGCAGGAACAGGAAAACAUGACGCAGCAGCUCUUACUGACAGAACAGCAGUAUGACAACAGCCUCAGACUUCAGCAAACGGAGCAUGAAAUGGAACUAAACAAGCUUCUGCAAGACUUGGACAUCACAGAGAAGCUGCAGGCAGAGCUGCGGGAAAGUCAGAGUCAGAUCAAGGCAGUGGAGAAUAGACACAAGCAAGAAAUCAAAACCAUCAAAGAGGAGAUGAAUGUCCUUCUUCAGCAGAGGGAUGCUCUGCAAAACCAGGUGGAAGAGUUGACGGCUCAGCUAGCAGCCUUUGAAGAGUCCCAGCAAGUGGUUUGCCACAAAGCUCAGCAAGAUCUGAGUGAGGCACAGGAGCUGUCAAGGCAGAAGACACUGGAGGUUGUGCACCUCCAGAAGAUCCUGGAGGAGAAGAUGAGUCAAUGGGAAGAGGCAGAAAAUCAGAACAAGGAGCUGCAAGCGUGUCUGCAGUCCUUUGAGGAGGAAAGGAGUCGAUGGGAAGAGGUGAAGCAUCACACCGUAGAGGUUGAGGCUUCGUUGAAGGUCCUUGAGAGUGAAAAUGCCAGACUGAUUCAGUCUCUGGAGGAGAAGGAACUGAACCUCAGAACCCUGGAAGAAAACAACCUUGCCCAGCAGAAAGAGGUGUUUCAGCUUGUUUCUGCCAUUGAACAGGCCCGGCAGCAACAUUCAGAUGACAGAAGAGAAAUAGAAGAGCUCAACAACCAGGCACAGUCGCUGCGGGAAGAAGUGCUGAAGAAGGAGGCUGGUCUGGCAACUCGAGAGAAGCAGCUGCUCCAGGAUCUGGAGGAGUCCCGAGCAGGCGAACUGUGCUUGAGGGACGCUGUGCGCACGCUGGAGGAUGAGGUGUCUGAAUUGCAUUUGCGGCUUUGCAGUGCAGAUAGCAGGGCAAAAUCCUUGGCCGCAGAGUGUGAGCAGGCAAACAGCGCCCACUGCGAAGCCCAAUCCCAGCUGGACCAACUGCGCUUGGUUGUCCACUGCGUGGUCUGUGACAGCAGAGAUUUAGUUCCUUGGAGUUCAGAGCAGGGUCAUGUCUGGGACCAAACUGUUUCUCAGGCCAAGGACCUCCCUGCAGAGCUCACAGUGGACAGAGUGGCAGUGGCCCUACAAGACCUACGUCAGCAUGUGCAGCAGGCUCGGCAAGAUCUGAAUGAUGCGAAGAGAAAGAUACAGGACUUGGAGCUGGAGCUGAGUGAGAUGCAAACUGAAAGGGACCAUCUCAGUGCCCAGAAUCAGGAGCUGCAGGAACAGCUGGCUCGAAGCCAGGAAGAGACACAGAUGCUGGAACACAAGAACUCUCUCCAGGCUGCUCUGCAGGAAGAGGCUGCUGCUCUAAAGGAGGAGGCUCAGACUCUACAGCAAGAGGUGGUGUCUUUGGAAAGGGAGCUCGAGAGUGCUGAGAAACAGAGGAAGGAUGUCCUGCACGAACGGGACAGCCUGGAAGCACUGAAAGAAAAGCUGCUCUGCGAGAUAAACCUUCUUCAGGAAUCGGCUGCAGCCUCUGAAAUCCGAGCAAAUGCAGCAACAGAUAUGAAUCACUCCCUUGAACAAGAACUGCAGACCACACUGUCUGUCUUAAAAAUUAAAAGUGAGGAAGUGGAAAUGCAGCAGGAGAAACUCCAGAUGCUGCAGAAAGAGGCAGCAGAAGCAAAAGCUUUGCAGGAGACUCUCACUCACAUGACUGCUGUCCUGUUGGAAAGAGAGGGAGAAGUGAAGUUAUACCAGGAACAGGUGAGAAUACUGGAAAAGCAGGAAGAAGUGCAUAAAACUACUCUUGAUCAGGCUCUUAAGGACAUAACAGAGAAAAAGCAGAAGACAGAAUCCCAGCAAGAACAGAUACGGGAGCUGGAGAAGCAGGAAGAAAAACAAAGGAUUGCUGUGAGCAAGAUAAGCAAAGAGCUGGAGGAGAGAGACCAGGAGAUCAGAUCACAACAAGAACAGAUAAAGGAGCUGGAGAAGCAGCGAGAAAUGCAGAGGACUGCUGUAAGCCAGAUGAGAAAAGAGCUGGAGGAGAGAGACCAGGAGAUCAGAUCACAACAAGAACAGAUAAAGGAGCUGGAGAAGCAGCAGGAAACACAGAGGACCGUUGUGAGCAAGAUGAGCAAAGAGCUGGAGGAAAGAGACCAGGAGAUCAGGUCCCAGCAAGAACAGAUAAAGGAGCUGGAGAAGCAGCGAGAAACGCAGAGGACCGUUGUGAGCAAGGUGAGCAAAGAGCUGGAGGAGAGAGACCAGGAGAUGAGGUCCCAGCAGGAGCAGAUAAAGGAGCUGGAGAAGCAGCGAGAAAUGCAGAGGACUGUUGUGAGCAAAAUGAGCAAAGAGCUGGAGGAGAGAGACCAGGAGAUCAGGUCCCAACAAGAACAGAUAGAGGAGCUGGAGAAGCAGCAAGAAACACAGAGGACUGUUGUGAGCAAGAUGAGCAAAGAGCUGGAGGAGAGAGACCAGGAGAUGAGGUCCCAGCAGGAGCAGAUAAAGGAGCUGGAGAAGCAGCGAGAAACGCAGAGGACCGUUGUGAGCAAGAUGAGCAAAGAGCUGGAGGAGAGGGUCCAGGAGACAGAAUCCCAGCAAGAACACAUACAGGAGCUGGAGAAGCAGCAAGAAAAACAAAAGAUUGCUGUGAGCAAAAUGAGCAUAGAGCUGGAAAAGAGAGACCAGGAGAUCAGAUCCCAACAAGAACAGAUACAGGAGCUGGAGAAGCAGCAAGAAACACAGAGGACUGUUGUGAGCAAGAUGAGCAAAGAGCUGGAGGAUAGGGUCCAGGAGAUCAGAUUCCAGGAGGAGAAAAUAAUGGUUCUAGAACAACACAGUACGUCACAAGUGAGAAAUCUGCUUGUGGAUAUUGAUUGUAUGAAAGGCAACUUGAAGGAGAAAAACAUGGAGCUUGUGUCUCUGAGUCAGCAGAUCCAAGAACUGGAAAAGGAGAGAGAAGAGGUGCAAUUUCUGCGUGCAAGCCUUGAACACCUGAGAGCAGCUCUUAAGGACAGAGAGAGUGAGUGUGAUUCUCAAAGGGAUCAGUUAAGAAUCUUCCAGCAGUACAAGGAGCAGCAGGAGGGGCGCCUGCAAGAGCUUCACGGUGAAGUAGAAAAAAAGACCCUUUCUUUAUCUAAAAAAGAUGAAGAGCUUGAGUGGCAACAAAAGCAAAUCCAGGAAGCCAGAGAAGCCAUGGAAACACAGCUAAGGAGUGUCCAUCACCAGCUGGAGCAGAGCUUAGAAGCCCUAAAAGAAAAGGACAGACUCCUCGACAUCCAAGAGCAACAAAGAAGGAGCCAUGAGGAAAAAACAGAAGAACAGAUGAAUGCCUUACAGAGAGACUUAGAAUACACUGAGGCGAUACUGAAAGAAAAGGAUUUCAUGAUUGAAUCACAGAGGGAAGCGAUUGAGAUCUUCCAGAAACAAGAACAAGACUCAGAACAGCAGAAGGAAAUCCUGCAGCAUCUUCAAGUGGCACUAAAGGAACGAGAGCAAGAAAUUGCAUCUCUCCAAAAGCAACUUGAGGCAUGCAAGGAAAAAGAAGAGCAGAAUGAAGCUGAGCAGGCAAAUCUUCAAGCAACAAAACUGACUCUGGAAGAAAGAGAAACAAAGAACAGGAUUCUGGAGGAGGCUCUCUCUAAACUUCAGAAGCAAAAGGAGGAGGCAGUGAUACAGACUAAAGCUCUAUUGCAAAAACUAGAAGAUGCUGAGUCUUCUCUAGGAGCUAGAGAUCAAGAGAUGAUGUCCUUGCAAAAGCGUGUCCAGGACCUUCAAGAGCAGAAGGAGUUAGAAGGCAAGCAGGCCAGGAGUCUACAGCAGAAUCUCGACAAAAUGAGGCAAAGAGUGAAGACAACCCAUUUGGAGUUCCUCAGGCAGACAGGGCAACUGAAUGGGUUCCAGCGCCGUGAAGAGAGCAUGAGAGCAGCGCUAACAUCGUGCCAGAAGCAGGUGAAUCUGCUUGAAGAAGCAGUGAGGAAGAGAGAUGAAGUCAAUAAAACUCUUAGGCAAAAACUGCAGUGCCAAGAAGAAGAACUGAAGAACUUGCAGAAUCUCCAGCUUAGGCAGACGGAGAAGAAUGAUGAGGCUGGACAACACAGAGAGCCAAAGGAGCUCCUGGAAGAAGCCUUGCCUGAGAAGGGGGAAGAGACCAAGACUCAAGCUGAGCAAAAUGAGUUAGAAGAGGAAAUGAGAGCUCUUCAGGAAAACCUCCAGUGUGUUCAGCAGACUCUGACAAAGAAGGAUGAAGAGAUCAAGUCCCAGAGAGACAGACUUGGCUUUUUAGAGAAGACAUUGAUAGGGAGAGAAGAAGAGCUUGGGCGGCAGAGUGAACUCCUGAAACAAUUAACAUCAGCUUUGCAAUGGAAAGAUGGAGUAGAGACCCUGAAGACACAACUCCAGAGACUCCAGAAAUGGGAGGAAGAGGAAGCAGAGAAGAGGAAAGUUCUCCAGGAGAGAGACAGCCCCUUGAAAAGGCAGGAGGAGCCAACCCAACAACUGGAAGAGGAGCAGGAAGCAAAGAGGGGAGAAUUUGAGCAUGGUAUUGCUAUUUCGAAACAGAAUGAAAGCAGAGAAAACUGGAAAGAGAAAGCACAAACCCUGACUCUUGCCCUUACCAAGAGUGAAAUGGCCAAUGGAACUCUGAGGGAAGAAAUAGCCAUCCUGCGGAGCAGAGUUUCAGAGAGGGACAAGGACCGCUUUCAGUUUCAGGCUCUUGCAGAACGCGAGCAGCAAUCCUGGCUCUCGGAGAAGAGAAUCCUGUCGCAGCAGCUGGAGUUUCUGCAGCGAGCAGUCACAAGGCUGGAAGAUGAGAAGACGGAGCUGAAGCACUACAAUGCUGAGCUGAGGAGGACUCUUGAGCAGGUGGAACGUGAGCGGAGGAGACUGAAGAGAUAUUUCAGGGAGCAGUCGCUGCCAGAUGCCUCCGGAUUUUCUGUCUCUGACCAGCACAAGAUGCCUCCUUCCAGACAGGCAGAGUCUCACGCGUGCUGCAGCCGCUUGGCUGAGUUACAGAACCAGGUCUCCCUUCUGCAGACGCAGCUGGCGCAGGAGCACAAACACAAGCAGGACUUCAUUGAGCGCUGUACAAAGACCAGCCAGGAGCUGUCAGACCUCCACCAAGAGCUGUCCUGCUCCUUAGCGGCUGUGGUCAGGGAGCCCAAGGCUGCUGUCCUGGAGGCCGAGACGCAGAGGCUGGACCAGUCUCUGAGCAUUCUCUUGACACCGACAUCUCUGGAUCAGUCUCCUGUGCAACAGCCAUUGCAUUCAACACCCAGAGCCGCCGGCAGCGCUGCCCUGAGAUGCAGGUUUCUCCUGUCUUUGGCACCACCUUUCCCUACGGACUGCUGGUACCCAAGAAUCCAGGCUUCGAAGUUCCACACCAACAACACCCUGGGUGGCAUCUGGGAACAAGGCAACUUUGGAGUUAAAAUGAGGAAGGGAAGGAGGAGUUUAAAUGUCCAGGGAAAUUGUGGCUGCCUCAUCCCUGGAGGUGUUCUGGGCCAGGUUGGAUGAGGCUUUAAGCAGCCUGAUCCAGUAGGAGGUGUUCCUGCCCAUGGCAGAGAGGUGACACUGCAUGGGCCCUUCCAACUGAGGUCCCUUCCAACCCAAACCAUUCUAGGAUUCUGUGAAGUAGUCGGUGACCUCUAUGACAGGUCCCCACUUACUGCCUGCUUUGAUGUCCAGAAGCCUCUGCACUCUCUUUUAGACCAUUAUAAAGUACACGUGCACCAAAAGAACCAUAGACAGUAAAUGUAACACUCCAGCAGUGCUGAAAGAACUUACACUUACGGGAUGUCAUAAAGAAAAUCCGUUUCUUUCAACCGCAAAAAGCAGCCGGUGACACGCACUACACACACAAAUGCAAAGAUGCAACAAUGUCUACAGAUAAAGGCUUAAAAUAAUACUCUGUUACUCUAGAUUUUCCACAAAAUAUUAGUGGAUCAAUGCCUCUCCCAAGGUAAACAGUGUUACAGGUGCAGCUCAUUACAAUUCAGUCACAAGAUCAUUCAUCAGUAAUAGCUUCCCCACAAUUUAAUGCAAUUUUCUUCCCUGCAAUUUGUCUUUUCACUAUUGUACUUGCUUGGUCUCUAAAACUCAGUAAGUCACAAGAUGACAAAAAUGUGUCCUUUUAAAAGAAAUACACAUAUAUUUUCUGACUACAAAACAGAUUCCUGAAAUAUUUUAUUACCUUUCAGGUCUCAGUUUCAUGGUAACUUUACUUAAAUAUCAACUACUUUUAAGCAUUCCUAAUGGAAUUUUAGCUCAGAACAUUUUAGCAGCUCACUGAGUACAAAACACACUGCUCUUCGAAAACCAAACCAAUAUUCCUAUCUCAGUUUGUAAAGCUGCUUUCCCCCUCCUCCUUUGUUAUUCAAGAUUAUGCUUCCGAGAGUCACCACCACAGGAGAUACUAAUCUUGUCUUCUAUAUUUAUUUCUGCUUUUUAAAAAACCUAUCUAACACCUUUUAUAAACUUAACACGUUUUUAAAAGCAUUGUGGUUUUGUAUCAUUCUUAAGUAAACGUUUUAACCUCUCUAGUCACAUAAAAAGGAGUAAUUUUUCUGCUAAAUGUUUUUUACUAUAGCAGAAGCAAAAAAAAAAUUAAUUCAAUUUGUCUUUUUAUCUUUCCCUUCUAACUUCUUGGGAAAGAGAAUUGCCUGCAGUACUGAAACAAAUGGUAUACAUCAACCAACAUUCUAGGGUCCUGCUUUUAUAAAAGUACAGAGUCACAAUGCUUUAGAUCUAAGGGUUUUUUUAAAUGAUAUAUUAAAAUAUUUUUAACAAGCAAUUCCAAAACAAUUACAGUCUAGAGACUCCAGACCCUUUUUACUUGCUGCUCUCUGGAGAGGAAUCUGCAAAAGAGCAGCCAAGGAGGACUCAAAGAGUAUGGAUGUUGAAUAGGUGACUGCCAAUGUGUACAUGGAAGGCUGUACGUAGGAAUGGUCUGGAAUCGUUCAGCUUGGAGCAACAAAACAAGGACAGCUAGAAAAAUGCACGAGCAUUAACUUCUUUAAAGCAUUCAAUCCUCAACAUUAACCUUUACAUCAAAUUUCAGGUAUGACUACAGAAGAAUUAUGUGGUAGUAAAUAGAAGGCUACAUUUGCCAACUUCAUGUUAUUGUAGCACUGAACUCUUUAUGUUUUCUAACUAAACAAGGUACUAGAGAGAGAAAGCAUUAGUAAGGGGAUUUUUGCUGAUUACUUUUAAUCACUUAUUUGAAAGGUUUCAGUGGAAUUCACUGAAGCCAUUUUAUUUGUAACAGCAUUCAAGACUGCCACAUUGGUACUUCAAGCUAGAAUAAUUAAAAACAGCAAAAAGGGAAUGUAAGAUGCUGUGCAGAAUAUUCAAUGAACCAGAAAGGCUACUGCAUUAUCAAAUCAUUAUUUGUGUAUCUAAAUUACAGUAAAAACCCCAGUACUGCUCUGCAACUGAUAUAUUCUGUUUUCCAAUGCGGCUGUUAGUAAUAAGCUCACACCUUUUUCCUGACAUAAGUGAAAAUCAAACACAUUGUAUUGCUAU